UAUAUAUACUCCUGCUCAUCCCACAGAUACACAGAUACACACUCAUAUCAUCCUACCUAACGUACACUGGACUACAGCAUAUAGCACACACACACAGCCGCUCUGAGGAAAGAUGCAAUCUGCUUUUGUUGUACUGCUUUUGUUGGGAGGGUCCUCUCUCUCCACAGUGUUAGCUUUCCCAAAUGGUCUUGUAACUCCUGCUUGUGAAAGAAUGAUACCAAAUCAUGUUGUUGAUUCAAUGUCGACCCCUGCACCUUUCUCCGUCAUCUCAAACAGCUCCAGUUACGUGGCCGGCCAGCAGAUUACAGUGACCCUUCAGGCCAAUGAAACCGGGUUUUUUAAGGGUUUUCUGCUUCAGGCUCGGGCAGCAGAUGCAGGAGUCGGCCCAAUCGGGACGUUCAGUGUGACGGGGACUGAAGCUCAGCUGCUCAACUGCAGCACUGUCGCCUCAGCUGUCAGUCACACAUCAAAUGUCAACAAGACAACUAUCCAGGCCACGUGGACGGCCCCGGACAAUGAGUUUAGGGAUAUCGAGUUUAGAGCUACAUUCGUACAGAACUUUUCCAUAUUCUGGGUCGGGGUAAGAAGCUCUUGGCUUGCGUUUGCUGGUGAAAUCCCAAACACGACCAUCGUUGUCCCAUCAAGCUCAACGGCUGUGACUUUAAACGGAACCGUGACUCCAAACAGCAGCCCUCCACUCUCCUUCAGCUCCUCGAUCCUCCUCCUGCUCCCAGUGAUGCUCCUGACCCUCUCUAACACACACUGAGACACUUUUAUCAUCAGGUUCAUUCUUGGGAUUGAAUAAGCACUGCUUUAUAUAUAUAUGCAUCAGUACAUACACUUUGAUAGUAAACCAUUUAGAAUUGUUUAUAUUUAUGUGUGAUUCUAUCCUAAAACUUUAUCAGAUGUUCCCAAAAAAAAUCCUAAAUGUACAUUACAGGGCAGUCUUUACAAACAAGGCUUAAGCCUAGUCUUGGACUACACAGCAUUUGAAUAGAUAGGAGUAAUCAUUAUCCCUGUCCAGGAAACCAAUCCAAAGAGACCCAAAUCGAGCAAAUGAUAUCCGAUAUAUAUUUUCUGUAUAUAUGUGAGUGAUAAAAGUAUGUAAACUUUGUUUUUAGUAUCUAGUGUUUCCCCUGUGCAGUAAAAUAACAUUUCUACUGGAAUAAGGGCCAAUUCCAAAGGAUUAACUUUCCAAAUUCUUUGGUUGAACUAUUUCUUUGCUUAGGGUCAUUGUCUUGUUGCAUGACCCACAUCCUGCCGAGACUCAGCUCACAGACAGAUGUUCUAACAUUUUAAUUCAGAAUUUUUUGGUGUAGUUCAGAAGCCGCCCUGGACCAGAUGCAUUGAAAUAAGCCCAAACCAUGAUGCUACCACCACUGUGUUUCACAGUUGGGAUAGGUGUGAUUUUCUGCUGAAAUACAGUGCUUUCAUUUCUCCAAACAUAGAAAUCUUCUCAUUUAAACCAAAAAAUGUUUGGUUUCAUCCAUCCAAUUACAUUGCUCUAAUAGCCUACUGGCUUGUCCCUGUGACCUUCAUUAAACUGCAGACAUGCAGCAGUGUUCUUAUUUGAGUGUUCCUAACAGGAAUAUUAACAAUAGCCAAUGGGAGAAAGGCCUUCAGUUGCUUAGAAGUCCCACCAAAUUAUUUGUGACUUUAUUGACUAUUACACGGCUUGUGCUCUAACUCAUCCAGAACCACAUCAGAAUUAUGUGUUUGCUACACGAUUCCAUAUGUGUCCCUUCAUAGGUUUGAUGACAACAAUAUUCAUUUUAAACAUUAAUGAUGGAAAAAAAAAAAUUAUUGUACUUUAGCCGAAGUGAACAAUUCACAGCUCUAAAUACAUUGUACCUUUUUUUUGUACAGUCUACCUAAGUGUUAAAGAUGUAUAAAAUGCCUGAAUGAGAUGCUCUUUUGUAUUUUAGUCAUAUUU